AUGGGCAAGCAACCAAACCUCUACGCAUUCGCCGACACGGCCGCCCUCGUCGCGUCGCUGCGCACCUACGUAAUCAACGCCCAAAAUGCAGGCAUAGCACGACACGAUUCCUUCAAGGUCGCUGUCUCCGGCGGUUCUCUUCCCAAGGUACUGGCGCAGGCCCUUCUGGCCCCUUCGCGCGGACCUGACGACGUCCUCCGUUUCGACCAGUGGGAGAUCUUCUUCGCCGACGAACGCGCCGUGCCCCUCGACCACGCCGACUCCAACUACGGACUCCUCAAGGCCGAGCUGCUCGACAAGAUCCCCGCCGACCUGGGCACCCCGCGCGUCCACCCCAUCGACACCGCCCACCUCAAUGACACGCAGGAGCUUGCCGACCAGUACGAACAAAUCCUCGUCACCAGCUUCGCCAGCCGCGACAGCGUCCGCCUGCCCAUCUUUGACCUUCUCCUCCUCGGCUGCGGACCUGACGGCCACACCUGCUCCCUAUUCCCCGGGCACGAGCUGCUUCGCGAGACUAGCGCCUGGGUCGCUCCCAUCGAAGACUCCCCGAAGCCGCCUCCCAAGCGCAUCACGCUCACCCUGCCCGUUGUCACCCACGCUGUCAAGGUCGCGUUUGUCGCGACCGGGGCCGGCAAGAAGGACGUCAUGAAACAGAUCUUCGACGAGAGCAAUGGUCUGCCUUGCGCUCUGGUCAACGAGGGUGCCGGCGACCGAUGCAGUUGGUUUGUCGAUAACCCGGCUGUUGAGGGUGUCGCCUUUCCCCGCAGAAGCUUUCUGUGA